GAUCCUGUGGGAUUGUGCUUACCUAAACAAAACCACUGCAGUGAGGGGAAAAACAAUGAAUGGGUGGAGAUGAUCAGCCCAUGCAUUCCAGCUAGUGCAGUCCAGGCAGCAAUGACAGCCUGAAGGUUGCAGCAGCAUCGGAUUCAGCAUUCCAAGUGCACCAAUCUUACAGUCUGGAGUGAUUUUACGUGGAGCUGUUCUUUAUUUGCUGAGCCAUGGCCAGUAACCAGGCCAGCCUGCAGGAUGAUCAGAGCAGGCACUGCAAGUUCUUAUCCUAUAUGUUCUACCAGGCUGUGAGAGAUCACAAGCCUGUGUGGAUGCUGGAAGACAUGAGAACUAUGGAGUAUUUCUACUGGGAGGAAAAUGCCAGCCUACGAACCUACUCACCUUCAGAAGCCCUUCUCUAUGCAGUGGUGCAUAAUCACCUGCCUUAUGCUCAGUAUCUGCUGUCUCAUUUUCCAGAGGAGGCUCUCAAGGUGCCUGGGGAACACUUCUGCUAUUGCCCAUCCUCUGCUCCUCACUUGGCCAUGGCGGUGACAUAUGACAGGAGAGAUAUCUUGGGACUGAUCAUCAAAAUUGCACACAAGCUCCCCAGCUUGAACUCCUAUAUCAAUAGGGCUGGCUGCUUUCAUCUGGAAGAUGGGAAAACACCCCUGCACCUUGCCUGUGAACUGCUGAGGUCAGAGACAGUCCUCAUCCUCCUCGGGAAUGGAGCAUCUCCCAGGAUAGAGGACAGUAAAGGGCUUACCCCGCUGGACGUCAUCCUGGAGCAGAUGUGGGACUCCAAAGUUAAUGUCGCAUCAAAGAAGCUCUGCCUCGACUACCUCUUGCUCUUCAUGCCCAAUCCACAGUUUAAGAUGCGGAAAGUUCUGCAGGAGCAUCCAGACCACUGGACAGCUUUGCUGGGAGAAGACAAAUUCAACAGCCUGGUGGGGAACACACCUGCUUCUUUAUAUCUGCAAGCUAUGCAAACUAUUCUUCAGACUCUUCCCCCUUCCCACUUCCCUAAAAGCAUCCAGGAACUACCUAUACCUCAGGCACUAAAGCCCUUACCAUCCUAUGGCAAAAAACUACCAGCAAAAAAUGUGCUUCAGGAGACUUCUUCCUCUGGUGCCAAAAUAACUGUUUUGGAAGUGGGAGCAAUCAUUUAUAUUCUCAUCCCAGUAUCACCAUGUACUUCACUGGAAGUUUGAUAAGGC